AUGCUCGCUGUCGUUGCAGUCUCUGGAGGCUGCGCCGCGGCUCCCGAGCGGCGCGUGACCCGUGCCAGUUUUGGUAAGGUUUUGCGCACCCUCUCAACUGACUCCCUGAGGCAGGGUGGCGCGGGUGCGGGGUGGCUCGGCAGCUCGGCGGGAGGCCUCCGACCCGGCUACCUUGUGCUGUUGAAGUUGCUGCAGGAGACGCCGAUGACGAUGGCGCUGUCCUCGCGGCUGGCCAGCGUCCGGGCUCGCUGGCGCGCCGCCCGGGAUAGCACUGACAGUCUGCCGGCGCAGCGGGCGCAUUCGAAUGCGCCCGCCGCGCCGGCAGACUGUUGGACGGCCACAGUCGCGAAAGCGCGCCGCGCCAUGAGCGGCGACCGUGGUGAGAACGCGAUGUGUCACUUGCUCUCACUUAGCAGCUAA